AUGUUCUUGAGCAAGCUUACCAACGCACAUCAUACACAAAUACCGUUCUUCUCUGGGACAAGGCUGUCCAUCUUUAUUAUAAGGAAGACACCUGUGCAGCAGGAAGCCUCGGACAAUACUCAACAUGAAAACAGUGAUGAAGGUAAUUCUGGUCAAGAUACCCGUGAAGAUGUUGCCUCUCAUGUUGCCUCUCAUGUUGCCUCUCAUGAUGCCCUCUCUGAUGAUGCCCUCUCUGGUGUUGCCCCCGAAGAUGAUGAGUCCACAUGUAGGGUUCUCAAGCUUACCAACUAA